GCCCGAGUUGCCAUUGUGCGGCGCCUGGCGUAAGCGUAGCGUCUGGGAGAUUUGCGCCAUCGCUGCGAUCGCGGCAGCACAUUUCAUAGCUACGAUACGCUUGCUGCAAGCAGUCUGCUCUCACGUGUGCAUUGCUGCUCGAAUCACGGACAAUGGCCGGGCCAGCUAUCCCUACGUCUAUAGUCAAGGCCUUAGAAUCAGGGAAGGUCGAGGACAUCGAUGCCGCCCGCCAGUGGCUCGUGUCAAAGGAUCGUGGGACGAACGACUUGUCAUCUGUGUUGUGGGAUGCGGCGGUCCACACGGUCCAUUGUGACCGACGCGUCGCCGAGGCAAAACUCCGCUUCGUCGAGCUGGCGCUCACUCGCGGCGCGGACCCGAAUCGUAUGUUCACAAUCAGUAAUCUACAAACUGCGGGUCAAACUCAUGAAAUCAAUAUGGUAUGCACGAUCUCAGAACUCCCUGCUAACGCUCAUUAAACAUACUAGGUGCACCCGAGCGGAGCGACUGCAGUCGGCAGCCUCUAAAUCAAA